CGGCUCAAAGAUGGUUUCAGUUCCUGGCUGCGAUGCACGGCGCUUUAGCCGCACAAGGAGGAGAAGGACCCAUGUUUUCCUUUUGAGCGCCGCCGUCGGCGCCUCUGCACUAUGCCUGAACUCUGUCCGGUGUUGGACACCACAGAGAGGUGGCAUGGCCAGCGGGCAAGUGUUUGGGCCCAGGCCGGACAUUCCAGCACAGGCAGACCCCUUGGUUCAGAAUGCACCGCAGCUUGAGGAGACCAGGCCUGUGGAUCCCUUGCCCAGCGGUAUGGCCGUCACCGGGCUGCGUGGAGCUGCCGCGCCCAUGGCCGUUCGGGCCACGCAGGCAGUGCAUGUGCAGCAGCGGGCGCAAGUGCGAGUGAUUAAAGAGAAGGAGAAGCCGGACCUCGGCAAAGAGAAGUCGAUGGGCCAAUUUGCUCCAGGAGCACUGGAUCGAAUCAAGAUGCGCCUGGAAGGACAAGGUACUUACGCAGUUAUUAGUGCACUGGUUGUGAAUAUGGGCAUUCGCUUGUUGAGCGGAAAUUCCCCGGAGAUGCUUACCCAAGCAUGGUGGCCUGUUUCUUGCGCAUACUCUUGCGCUUUAGCAACUUGUGUGCUGAGUGGUGUCUACGCCACCGUAGUGUUUACUCUGACGAAGAUGUAUGCCAUGACCGUGAUCGGAAACUACAAGGACGCACAGUUUGCAGAAUUCUUUCAGGAGACGCAGAAAUACCGAGCAGCAGGAUUCAAAGCCUUUUGCGCUUCUCUGGGUAGUUUCGCCUUUGCCUUCGUGACCUUUUUCCUGUUGAAGAUCCGGGGCUGGCCUGGCAUUGCAGGUUUUGCUGUUGGGGUUGGCAUCGUCCUCAAGGGGAUGCUGGACUUCCGUGGCAUCUACCGCCGUGCAGGAAAGACGCUCAAGUGAUGCAACUGAGCUUAGAACACCUGCAGUCCCACUGUUUUUUCCUCCUUGCAUGGGCCACGGCCGGCAAGAAUGAUCAGUGGCGUAGCACCUACAAGAGUUGCCGAGCAAUUCCUUGUGUAAAGUGCUGCUGUUGCGCAGAAAGCUGCAACAAGCAGCUCCAGCAAAGUCCUUUAACAUACCCAGCCAUCACACAUUUCGCGGAAGCUCGUGAGUCAGCUUCCAGCAACACUUGUGUUGACUCUACUGCACAGCCACAAUGGUGUUCCCCCGUUACUUCCUGUCACUUUGUGAAAUCUCU